CAACGCGUUGACAAGAAAGGAGUCCAAUGUUGUAGGUGUUGUUUUGUUGGAAGUAUUGUGCGGUAGAAGGGUAAUUGAUCGCAUGGCAGCAGAAGAGGAUUUGAUUUCUGGGAUCAUUAAAUGCAUAACAAAACGGCUGUGUUAAUGAUAUGAUUGAUCCAUUUCUGAAAGAGAAGAUAGCACCGGUGCGUUUGAUAGAGUUCAUGGAGAUCGCUCUCAGUUGUAUUCAUCCAAAUCCAAACGAACGGCCUUCGAUGGGAGAAGUUGAGGUAACCUUAGAACUUGCAUUGAAGUUGCAGGAGAAAGCCGAGUUGGUUAUCAAGGCUGACAAUCCACAUGCUGGUUACGCCAUCGAAGAUGUAUCAUUUCGUGUUUCUCUCGUGGAUUAUGAGGAAUUCUGGUUACACCAAGGCAAUAGCUAUUGUUGUCCAAUGCAGAACUAAAAAUUGGUGGGUAGAGAUGAAUUUGGGAAAGAGAAAGGUAUUUUCUAUUUUUUACUGGUGAAUAGAGUGAUGCAAUUCCU